AUGGGGUUCGCCGGCGAUGGUGGCGUGUGCGCGUUGUUGCGCCGGGCCGAGGGCCCCGAGGAGCGGCGGCUGCUGGAGCUCUUCUCCUAUGGGCUGAUGGCGCUGGGCGCCGCCUCCGCCCUGCUGCUCCGCUUCAUCCCCAUGCCCUACGGCCGGUACUCCUCGCGGCGCUUCGGCUGGCUGCUGCCUGCCCGCCCCGCCUGGGCGCUGCAGGAGCUGCCUUCCCUCCUCGUCCCUCUCGGGCUCGCCGCCUGUGGCGGGGCGGUCGCGGCCGCCCGGCCCAACCGCGUCCUGCUGGGCUGCUUCGUCCUGCACUACGCGCACAGGGCACUCAUCUUUCCUCUUCUGAUCCGUGCAGGAAAACCAACACCGUUUUUCACUUUUGUGUUAGCACUUCUGUUCUGUGUUUUCAACGGAUACUUGCAAGGCCGAAGCUUAACCGCCUAUGCAGCUUACCCUCCAGGCUGGCUGGGUGAUUCACGCUUCAUUACAGGUUUUUUAGGGUGGUUGAUCGGCAUGGUCAUCAAUAUUCAUUCUGAUCAUAUUCUCAGAAAUCUGAGAAAGCCAGGGGAAACUGGUUACAAGAUACCAAGAGGAGGAAUGUUUGAGUAUGUCAGCGGAGCCAACUUUUUUGGAGAGAUCCUGGAAUGGUUUGGGUUUGCCCUUGCCUGCUGCACCAUUGAAAGCUUUGCAUUUGCAUUGUGUAGUCUCUUCAUCCUGGGUUCAAGGGCAAGACAACACCACAAAUGGUACCUUGAGAAAUUUGAAGACUAUCCAAAGGACAGAAAAAUUGUCAUCCCAUUUUUAUACUGAGCUGUGCUUUUAACACUUUGAGAUGGAUGCUUUUAGUAACAGCCAACAUUUUACAGAUGCUGGCAGGUUAGCAACACACUCGGAUUAUCACUGUGACAAAGCCUUUCCAUCAGUGCUGCUAUUACUUACUGCUUUUUCCUCUUAAUGGUAACCCAGAAAUCUGAUGGACAGGGUGCAUAGGAACAGACAUGCUUUUCCAGCCAUGAAGCACCUUCAUAAAUACAUUAAGCAAUGAGUCUGAAUUGGCAUCGUGGGAAGUACUGUGCACGACUUCUGAUGCUUCUUUUUCUGCCUGUGAGAGCUUCUGCUGUUUCCACUCAAGGUAGCCAAGUUGUCCUGAGGAUUGUGCUGUGAGCUCAGCCAUCCUCACUGCAGUCUGGAUGGUGUGUUCUGCUUACAUACACAAAUAGGGUUGAUUUUAUUUUUUUUUUCCUUGCCUUGCUAAUCCUUUCAAUUCCCCCACCUGCAUCUCCAGAAGAGGUGGUGAUGUAGACCAAAGAAUUAGAUGAAUACGGUUGCUUUUAGAUGAGAGGCAGUGUUUUUCCUUCUCUUUGUACCCUUACAAAAAUAGGGAAACUGUAUAGACAAUAUUUAAUGAUAUUUACAUAAAAGUUGUACUGCUAAUAGAUUAAUAUUGUCAUCUACCUCUUAAAAUUGAUAGCUGUCUCAAUAUGCAAUAUGUGUCUUCUCACUCUAAACUGGUUUUGGAAGCCUACUUAGGAUACUUAGGCUAAUCUAGCAUUGUUAACAAUUGUGUAAUGUUUUCUAACUUAAUUUAUAAAAAAACCUUUAGAUUUAAAAAAAAAUUUCUUACUAUGCUGUUUUAAAAAAAUCAAGUGUCUUCCUUCUGUUGCUAACCUUGUAGAUGAUUUUAUAUUCUAAAAUUCUGGAACCUUGUGUCAGUUCUCAUACCCCAACCUUUUGCUCACAAAGGACUCCAGAAUGGUUUCAAGAACAUGAUGGGAUCCCAAGCAUACAGAUUUUCAAGUUAUCUGUGUCUUCUGCAUGAUUGCAAUAAUAAAGAAUCUUUUAGAAUUGCUGAUACCAAAAA